AUCAAUUGUUUUUUCAACAACAAUGGCAGCCAUGUCAAUCAGUAAAAACGCCAUUUUCAACCUCUCAAAAGUUCUUCCUCGAAACUCUUCUCUUUUGCUUCGCCGCAAUGUCUCCUUCUUCAACGCCUCGAAGACUAUUCCUCAAACACCAUCUCUUGUUAUUCGUCACAAAAUCUCCCGUGUCUGCUUCUCCUCUUCCCCUAAUCACUCGGAGGACUUCAAAAGAAGACACGAAGAGAGAUCUCCUAUGAGGGAGAUGGCUGAUAAAACGAAGGAUGAUGUGAAAGAGUCCAUGGACGAAACUAAGCGUUCAGCCAAAGACAUGAAAGAGAAAACAAAGCAAAGUGCAGAGAGCAUGAAGGACAAGACAAGUGACAUGGCCGGAAAGGCAGCAGAUAAGGCAAAAGAAGGGAAAGACAAAGCAGCUGAAAUGGCACACGACACUAAAGAGAGAGCAAAAGAGAGCGCACAUGACAUGAAGGAAAAGACUAAGGACACCGCAGGGUCCAUGGCUGACAAGACGAAAGAAUACACGCACGAUACGAAAGAGGCCACGAAGGAAGGGUCGAGCAAAGUUGCGGAGACAGCACAGGCAAUAGCUGAUAAAGCUAAGCAGGCAAUGCAGGAUGCUGUGGGAGCGGCUAAGGAGACGACACAGAAGAUUAAAGAAACUGUUGUUGGUUCGGCGGAUGAUGAUAAGAAGUCUGUUGAUGAUUACAUUGAAGAUCAUACAGGUAAGAGUAGGGAAGAUACGAGAGAGAAAACCAUGGAUGAAGAUGUGGUGGAGCAGAGAAGGCGUGCAGGGGGGUCUGGUGAUCACAAGAAAUGUAACACAGGAGCUACAAGAGAUGCUCAUCAAUUGUUUACAACAAUUGCAGCCAUGUCAAUCACCAAAAAUGCCAUUUUAAACCUCUCAAAAACUCUUCCUCAAUUCCCUUCUCUUUUCAUUCGCAACAAAGUCUCUCGUGUCUGCUUUUCCUCCGAGGGAUUCCAUGCAUCAGAGGAUUUCAAAAGGAGACAAGACUUUGACAGAGGUGUUAAAGACGAGAAAACGCCAGAGAUGGAGAUGGCUGGAAAAAUGGAGGAGAAUAUGAGGGAUGGGAUGGACAAAACUAAACAGGCAGCCAAAGACAUGAAGGAUAAAGCAAAGGAAAGCGCAGAGAGCAUGAAGGAAAAGACAAGUGACAUGGCCGGAAAGGCAGCAGAUAAGGCAAAAGAAGGGAAAGACAAGGCAACCGAUGUGGCACACGACAUGAAGGAAAAGACUAAAGACACUGCAGAGUCCAUGGCUGACAAGACUAAAGAAAACAUGCACGAUACGAAAGAAGGGGUAAGCAAAGUCGCGGACACAGCACAGGCAAUGGCUGAUAAAGCUAAGCACGCAAUGCAAAAUGCUAUGGGAGCGGCAAAGGAGACGACUCAGAAGAUUAAAGAAACCGUUGUUACUUCAGUGGAUGAUGAUAAGAAGUCCGUUGAUUACAUUGAAGAUCAUACGGGUAAGCAGAAGGAAGAUACGAGGGAGAAAACCUUGGAUGAAGAUGUGGCGAGUUCUGGUGAUCACAAGAAACAUUAA